AUGGAUAGUGAUUUUGGGGAGAUUGUGGUGCAGGAGGUUGUGCUUUCGUUCGGCAACCAGAGGAUUGCAGGGGCGGGAACGAGAGACUCUGGCGGGAACGAGAGACUCUGGCGGGGAAAAAGGAAGACUGGCGGGGAAGGAGAAGCGGACAAGACUGCUCGUCUUGUGAGCGACUGUUUCAAGCCGUGGAGCGGUGAGAAAUGCCAGCGUACCCGGUCAAGAGAGAGAAGCCGGCUGGAGCGGGAGUCGCAGGACUGCUCGUCUUGCGAGGGGCUCGCCACAAGCUGUGGACAGCGGAGAAUCACCAGCACAGCGCUUCGGAGAGGGAGAGUAAAUUCGCCCUACGGGAGGGAAAGACCGUGGGAUGAAGGAAAGAUAUUUGGAGCACGCCUGGAACUGGGUGGACUGUUUGCGAGUGGAGUGCCAGACCUAAGGUUGAAGGAUUUAGCCUGCUGUCAAGUCCUCCUGGAACGUUACAUCCCCAGUCCUGAGGGUCUGUGCGGAGUGCGUGAAGCCGUGUGCACCCUGAGCCAGCAGAAGCUGCAUGCCAUUGAGGACAGCAUGUACGACAACAUUGACUUCUUCAAGCUCUUCCACUUGGUCAGUCCUCUCAAGCUUAAUUCUUAAGGGUGAUGAUUCUUCUUGCUCUCAUCUAGCCCCAUGUCUGAUUUAGCAUCAGAAGGGGGCUAAAACAGUCAUCAGUUCUGCAGGAUGGAGUGAGAACUCAGUCUUUAACACUUAGCAGCUAUUACUUUCAUGCUGACUGCGAAGCCAGUUUCCUAACUCUGGCUUAUAGAAGAGGAUGUUUGACUAAAUGUGAGCAGUGGGGAUGCUUUUGAAUCCCAGCCCUCACAACCAUGACGGUAAGAGCAGUUCUUAGCUACAGGGCUUACAUUUUAACAGAAUAAACAUGGAUGCUUUAGUGGGACAUUGGGUGAUUUGGGGUCUUUCACCCAUGUUUUUUAUAUUGAGGACGGGCAGGGAAGUGAUGCAAGGUUUCAGUAACCAAAGCUACCGAUCUGUAGAGCAGGCACAGUCGAUAAUAAAAUGUGGUUUACUCGGAUAUUUUUUUCAUGUAAGGACAUAUUGUCAUCUAAAAAUGGAUUUGUUCUCCCUGUUUUGUGGGUGAAGUCAUGAGGUUUGAAGUUCUGUCAGUGUCAUGAAAAAUUGUAAUAUUAAAAAUAAA